CCUGCCACCACCAGACAGGCAGAUCUUCUCCUCCACUAGCAACCACCAAGCCAACAUACAUGACCUUCAUCAUUAGUUAGAAGCAAUCAAAACCUUGUAGGAGGGAUAGAUGGAGAAAGAGAGAUGUUACAAUCUCAGCCAAAGUGUGGUGAUGAAACAAUAUCAAACCAACCACCAGUAGGAAUUACGCAUUCAUCAACUUGUUCAGCAUGUGCCCCAAGUGAGCCCCCAUGAAGAUUCAACAUGUCAGCUAAUGGUAAGGUAAGAGAAGCAGAGGAGCUUCACAAUAACCAUGGAAUUAUAUAAUGUAUGAACAUUAUAUAUUAUUCAAGUUAAAUACAAUAAUUUAAUUUAGGAAUAAUAAUUUAUUAAUUUGGACAAAUUAAAAAUUUUUUAGCCCACACGGCCAAAACGCAUGCGUUUAGUCCCUACUCCUGGGACAAGAGAAAGCUAGAACGCCGUCGUUUCAGCCGAAAGCCAAAUAAUUAUUUCCAUUUUCAAACCUUCACACAGUCAUUUAAUGUUGUCUCUGGCUAAUAGCUAUCGAACCCCUCUCUUGUUUUUUUCCUUUUUGAGAACGAAAUUUCAGGCAUCUUCGAAUCAUUUCUCCAUUUAAAAGAAAAAAAAAGAAUAGCAUGUGGUACAUGCCUGAAACUUAUUUACUUUUGUGUUUGCAUUAAAGUUCAAGGAGAGGAUUGGCUUGUGAAAAGUUUUUAACUCAAUUCAGUCAGAGUUGAUAUUAGAUGGAUGGUGCUGGGCAACAAGAAAAUGGGAGAUAUAAGCUGGAUUACUACAAAGGGGCACACCCUCCGUGGAGCAUGAUGCCACAACAUCACAUGAAGGAACAAAAUAACGCCUUGGUCAUGAAUAAGAAAAUCAUGUCCAUACUUGCUGAGCGGGAUGCUGCAAUUCGAGAACGGAACAUUGCCGUUUCUGAAAAGAAGGAAGCCCUGGCUGCACGAGAUGAGGCCCUCCAGCAGCGGGAUAAGGCACUUGCUGAGCGGGAUAGUGCUUUAAGGGAGAGAGAUAAUGCUUUGGCUGUGCUAAAGUAUAGGGAAAAUGCCAUGAACUUCCCUAUUGGUAGUGGUAUUCAGCGUGGAGGAAAACGCAUGCACCCCACAUACCAUUCAACUGAUGUGGGUGAAACUCACAAUGGUGAAAUGCACAUUACUGAUGCCCUCCCAGUAUCUACCAUUGCUUCUGAAGAAGGCAAGUCUCAUCCUGUAAAGCGGACAAAGGAGAAUAAAGCCAUUUCAUCAAAGUCACCACGAAAGACGAAGAAAGUGGCUGAGGAUUUAAAUAGGCAAGCUGGUACUAAGGUAAAGAAGUGUAAAUCUGAGUGGAAUUGUCAGGAUAUUGGGUUGAACAUGGUAAACUUCGAUGGAACCACAAUGCCUGUGCCAGUUUGCUCCUGUACAGGAGUUCCCCGGCAGUGCUACAAGUGGGGAAACGGUGGGUGGCAGUCAUCUUGUUGCACCACAACCAUGUCAUCAUACCCAUUGCCUCAGAUGCCAAACAAGCGCCAUGCUCGAGUAGGUGGCCGGAAGAUGAGUGGUAGUGUCUUCACAAAGUUGCUUAGUCGGCUGGCUGCUGAAGGCCAAGAUCUUUCAAUGCCACUUGAUCUCAAGAGCUACUGGGCUAGACAUGGGACAAACCGCUACAUCACCAUCAAGUAGCUUGGGAACUAACUUGGGCAUGGAGUAUGUUUCUGCCUUGGAGCCUCUCACUCUGGUGCAGUCUACCACAAAGAGUCGAUGGGACUAGGAUUGAAUUGCAUGAAAAUGGAUGGAGCAUUUUGAUGGGCGGAUGUUUCCUUUGCUCCAUUGAUGUAGGUUUUUUAAUUCCUAAAAUGUUAAUUCUCCUAUUUUAACGGAGUCAAAAUGGCCAGAACAAAAGUGGUUCUUUUAUUUUCAGUCAAACUCGUUUUCCAUUGGUAAUCGUUACAAUCCAAAUGGUCUUCAGCCAUCCCAGAAAAAAGAUUUAUGUCAUGGAUGCAAACAGGCGCGUCUACACCUUUGUCACAAUUCUAUGCAACAUGGGUUGAACGAAUUAACCAUUGCAAAAUGCUUAGAUUACGAACACAUCAAUGAGAUUGCCACGCGUUAUAAUAAAUCAACUGUCAAUUCUCGUUGGGUUGAAUUGAUAGCACCGGUACAUGUGGAAUGCUUGACAUGCCAAUUGAAAUUAAAGUGAAAUCAGGGGUUGAAAAACCAGUAAAAAUUACGGUUUCGAUGGUCAAGCGGCAUUGAGUUCGGCUCAGAAGCAUCAGAUUUGAUAAGUAAUGACUGCAACAAUAUCAUCGAAACUUAUCAUGUUUGUGCUCAAGUUUGUUGGCCCAAAUAUAAUUCCAAUACUUAUCAGAAACGAACGAUAGGAUUAGGAGCUUCAACAAGCUGCUCCUCAGACAAAACAAUCGAUGUGGCUAAACCAAUAUCAGCCUUUUCUUUCAUCUGCCAAACUCAAGAAUCUUCACCCUCUUCAUCAGCAGCAGCACCGCUACCUUCUCUUUAGUCAUUGCAAUGAUAGUUCAAUGGGUCUUGUAUGGCCAAUGCCCCCGGCUUUCCGUUGGAUAGUCUACAGUGCUUCGGCCAUAACCUCGCUGCCAAUCCUCAUAUGAAUCACCUUUCUGCUCUUUUUCAUAAGCUUCCAUUCAUGACCGAAAUCACAAAAAUGUGAAGAUUCGCGUAUAACUUACAGGAUAUUAUUUGUUUUUAUCCAAAAUUUU